AUGAUUUUUAAAAAUUUGUUUUUAGCCAUUUGGCUCCCUCCCCCAAAUUGGCACUUUAUAAAAACCUUCUGUACUAUUUUCCCCCUCCCUCUCUCCCUCUACUACCUCCAAGAUGGUAGGAAAGUUGUUGUUUUGGAGGGCAGAGGAACCGCUCUCUGAUGUUAUGUCCUCUCGGUGCCUGUAGUGGUGCUGUAGGAGGCUGCUGGCUCUCUUCUUGAGCAGCCCCAGCAGCCCUGCCUUCUUUGCUGGAGAAUAUAUUCAGGGAUUCCCCUUAAUAAUCACCUACCCUCUGAGCACUUUGUAGUUUUAAAAUAAUAAAGAGCCCCCAAAGCUUCCUCCCCACAAAAAUCAGGAUCUUCUCAGAGCCAGGGGGGCAGCAGCUCCUCAGCACAGAGCCCGAGCCCAUUCCCAGUCCCUCUGCUGGGGAGGAAACUCUGAUCUGUCAGCCCAACAGAGGGAAAGGGGGGAGAGGAGAGAGAGGAGAAAAAAAAAGCAGCUGGAAAGGGAAAGGAACGUCUGGUAGUUGUGAAGUGAGCCCACUGGAAAGCCAGCCAACACGCUUCACCCAGCACAGACAAUCUGCUUCAUCUUGAUUCAUCAUCAUUCCAGGAUAGUGGUGUCCUUGGGGCUCUCUCUUAACAUUGAUAUGAUACAGAAGAUUUAAAAUCAGCUGAUGUUCACAAGGAAUAGAGUCACGUGAUGUAUGAAGGCAAACACAUACACUUCUCUGAGGUUGACAAUAAGCCCUUGUGCUCGUAUAGCCCCAAACUGUGCAAGCAGAGGCGACUUAACGGCUACGCCUUCUGUAUCAGACACGUUCUGGAGGACAAGACUGCCCCCUUCAAGCAAUGUGAAUAUGUGGCCAAGUAUAACAGCCAACGCUGCACCAACCCCAUCCCCAAAUCUGAGGAUCGUAGGUACUGCAACAGCCACCUGCAGGUGCUUGGCUUUAUACCGAAAAAGGAGAGGAAGAAAAAGAAUGAUCCCAUAGAGGAGGUAAAGGUCAGGCAUCAGAUGGAUACUAUGGCCUUCAGUCUGACAGUGCCCACCUUGGCCUUGAAGAUGCCCAAUGGGCUGGAUGGGAUGUCCCUCUCCCCUCCCGGGGCUAGGCUUCCUCUCCACUACCUGGAGGCAGAACUAGAAGACCCCUUUGCUUUCAACGAGGAGGAUGAUGACCUAAAGAAAGGGGCAACGGUGAGGAAAAAGUUGCAGAGCAAGUUGGCUCAAAACCGGCAGCGCCAGAGAGAGACAGAGAUUUUAAAAGUUCGCCAAGAGCACUUUAGCCCCCUUCCUGCACCUUUGCAGCAGCAGCCUCUGCAGCAGCAGCACUCCCAUCUGCCACCUUCAUCAGCUUCGUUAAAGCCGACAGGGCUACCGCAGGGCUUAGUCUGCAAGUCACCUCAACCUCCGAACACCAGCCUACCAAUGCAGGGAGUGGCACCCACCACACACACUAUAGCACAAGCCCGGCAGUUGUCUAACAAGAGACCUCUGCCCCUCCUGCCACCUGCUAGGGCUCCGGUCACGGACCCUCCGAGGACUGAUCGGGUCCUAAUGAAAGCCACAGCCUUCUCUCCGCACUCAUCCUGCAUGAGCCGGCUACAGAGACUGGUGAAACUGUGCACUCGAAAACAGCAGCUGGACACUGAUCUGUUUCCACAUCUAGGGCUGGAUUGGUCUGAAGACAGUGGAGAGGAGUUCGAGGAUUCAGAGCAAGCCUCCCCUUACCAGGUCGCGUGGUCUAUCCGAGAAAGCCUCGGCUAUGAAAGACAUGAGUCCGAUGAUGACAAUGCAGAUGACAGGAGUUCCAGGGUGACCAGACUUUGCACUUACUUUCAGCAGAAAUACAAGCACCUCUGCCGCCUGGAGCGGGCAGAAUCCCGUCAGAAGAAAUGCCGGCACACACUCCGGAAAGCCUUGCUGCAGGCGGCCAGCAGAGAGCCGGAGCGUGCUGGGCAACUGAUACAAGAGCUCCGGAGAGCGGCCUGUGCUCGUACCAGCACAAGCCAAGCGAGGCAGAGAGAUGCAGAACCGACAACCUGUAGUGGGACUUCGAAGGGAGAACAGUGCACUAACAAGGCCCUUCCAUUCACCAGGCAUUGUUUUCAGCAUAUCUUAUUGAACCGUUCUCAGCAGCUCUUCUCAAGUUGCACAGCCAAGUUUGCAGAUGGUCAACAGUGCUCUGUGCCAGUUUUUGACAUUACACAUCAGACUCCUCUGUGUGAAGAACAUGCCAAAAAAAUGGACAAUUUCUUGAGAGGGGACAGCUCCCGUAAAGUUCAGCACCAGCAGCAGAGGAAACCCAGGAAAAAAACAAAGCCACCUGCACUUACCAAAAAACAUAAGAAGAAGAGAAGGCGAGGCCCACGCCGGCCCCAGAAACCUAUUCCUCCUGCAGUGCCCCAAGGGAACCUCACCAUGCCUGCCAGUGUCUCACUGCCAGUAGAGAUGCCCCACAUACGGAGCCCCUCCACCCCAGAGCUGAGUGCCGAUGAGCUGCCUGAUGAUAUCGCCAAUGAAAUUACAGACAUUCCACAUGACUUGGAAUUGAAUCAGGAGGACUUCUCUGAUGUCCUGCCACGGCUGCCUGAUGACUUGCAAGAUUUUGAUUUCUUUGAAGGUAAAAAUGGAGAUCUCCUUCCGACUACAGAAGAGGCUGAAGAACUGGAACGGGCCCUACAGGCUGUAACUUCUCUUGAGUGCCUGAGUACCAUUGGAGUACUUACACAGACAGAUGGUGUGCCAGUUCAGGAGCUGUCAGAUAGAGGGAUAGGGGUGUUCUCUACAGGUGCUGGAGCUCCAGGAAUGCAGUCCUUGAGUCGAGAGGUUAACACGGAUCUGGGGGAGCUGUUGAAUGGGCGUAUAGUACAUGAUAAUUUCUCCGGUCUGGAGCUGGAUGAGAACUUGCUCCGUUCUGCUACCUUGUCCAACCCACCUACGCCCCUGGCAGGGCAGACAGGGCAAUUCUCAGCCCCAGCCAACGUCGGCCUUACUUCUGCCACUCUGAUAAGCCAGAGUGGCCUUGGGGAGAGAGCCUUCCCAGGACAGUUUCAUGGACUUCAUGAUGGCAGCCAUGCCUCCCAGAGGCCCCACCCUGCCCAGCUGCUGAGCAAGGCAGAUGACCUGAUCACCUCACGACAGCAAUACAGCAGUGACCAUUCACACUCCUCACCCCAUGGAAGCCAUUAUGAUAGUGAGCAUGUGCCGUCUCCCUACAGUGACCAUAUCACAUCCCCUCACACCACAUCCUUUCCUGGUGAUAACUUGGCAGCUACCUUCUCAGCAGAGAUGCCCAUGAUGGCACAGCACUUGCUCCCAACUCAGCUGGAUGUGCCACUUAGCGGGGUGGUCAACCCCAGAACUCACUGGGGAAAUCUUCCUGUCAAUCUUGGGGACCCCUCUCCGUUUAGCAACCUUCUUGGUGCAGAUGGACACCUCCUGUCCACCUCCCUGUCCACACCACCUACCACCUCGCACUCAGAGACCACACAGCCUGCCUUCGCCACUGUGACCCCCAACAGCUCCAGUGUGCUUCCGGGGUUACCACAGACCAGUUUCAGUGGCAUGGGUCCUGCCUCCGCUGAACUCAUGGCCUCCACCUCCCCUAAGCAACAGCUCCCUCAGUUCAGCGCAGCCUUUGGGCACCAGCUGAGCUCCCACAGUGGCAUCCCCAAGGACCUGCAGCCCAGCCACAGCUCCAUAGCUCCUCCCACGGGCUUCGCAGUGACCGGUGCCACCGCUACCAGUACCAAUAAUGCAUCUGCGCCCUUCACCACCUCCAACUGAGCUUGUCUGCCUGGCUCUGUGCAGGUAGAUGGGGGACCUGUGUUUUCUAUCUUUCCUUUCUCCUUCCUUCCUUUUCUUUAUUUUUUCUGUCCUCUCUUUUUUUUUCUUUUUUUUUUUCUUAAGAGGGGGUUAAGAAGAAAACCCCUGCUUCAGUACUGACCAGGGUUAGCCCCCUGUGAACCUUGCUGUAGCGUUCACAUGUGCUUGUUAUGCACCGGUGCUCAUUUAUUGCAGGCAGGUUCACCGUUCCCCAAUAAUUCCUUAAGGAUACAGCACAGUUACUGGAUGUAAUUGAUCUUAGCAGUAAGACCUAGAAAUGGGAAGAUACCUCAGAUUACUGAUGCAUGUUACUGUUUCCUAGGGUUCGGAUCAGUGCUUGCCAUCCCAUUAGCAUCUGCUAUAAAGUUUUCCUGUGGGCAGAAGUCUUGAUUUUUAUUUUUUAAUUUUUGAUUUUCUCUCUUUUUUUAAAAAACAAACAAACAAAGUUUUUUUUUUUUUUCCAAAGGUAGCAUCUGGCAUUGAAAACUUGGCUGCACACAUUGAUUUGAGAAUGGUGCACUGAAGUCCUAAAACAAGACCAUGGUUCCGGGAUGAGUUUGACAGUUUCUUAAAAUAGUGUCUUGACCUCCUCCGUGUGCGUGUGUGUGUUUGGGGUGCAGGGAGCAGCAGUUCCUUUUCUUUUGGUGAAGAAGUGGGAGUUAUUCCCUUCCAGAACUGGUCACUGUUCUUACUGCAUGCUGACUUUUGUUUUUUAUGAUGACGAUUUUUAAUUCAUUGAGCAGCAAGGGGACCAAUUGACUGGUUGCCCAGAAAUCUGAAGGCUGAUGCAAAGUUAGCCCAGGGAAAAAGAAAAAAAAAAAAAAAAAAAAAAAAGAAAACCAGAAAGAUUGAAACAGAAUCAUGGUACAAGUGAGGAUUCCUGUGCAGAAAUUCCCUCCCUUGCUGAAUUACUGUGGCCUUGUAGCAUUGAUGAUUUGCCUUUUCAAGUGUGGCUUUGUCCCAGACUCCUUGCCUGACAGGCUGACAGGUAUUUCCCAGCUGAAACUGGAAGAAUUCGGUUGGUAUUCUGCCCAUCCACACAAGUCUAGUUCAGACCCUUUGGUAAGUUCCAAAUGGAUGCAUUUCUCAAAUUAUUACUAGCUACUGAGACUUUCUUGGUUAGCUUUUUUUCCCCUGGGAGCCAUAUAGUUUUUGAGACACUUGUGGGAUUUGAUGCUCUGUACGUGAAGCUGAAUGUAUGUAAGGAACUAGCAGGUAACUAUCAGUAGUCAUGGCUAACCAAAAGAGAAAGCUCUAAAGCAAAAGAGGGAGAUAAGAAUUCCUCUUGUCUGCAGGACAGUUCUGCUUUUACUGCCUACCUGCUGAAGAUAGUAUUAAGACUCUUUGGUAGUAAUUUCAGUUCUUAAAGAAUGGAGUCCACUAGCUUUUAGAUUUAUUUUAUUAAUCCAAGGGAUAACAGCAACAGAAAUCCUGAGGUGUUUACUUGUAUCUCUUUAUCAGGAAGUGAGAAAAGAAAUUUGCUUGUGACUUUAUAGGGCUCAAACUUGCUACUGUACUCUGACUUGGACUGUAAAAGUAGCUUCUGUUUAAUUAGUAUAAGUCUCUAGUCUUCUUGGUUUGUUUCUGAGAUGCAGAUGAGAGAGAACAGAAAAACCCACAUUUCAGUCUCUGACUGUAGAAGACAUUUCCUUCUACCUUACAAUAAAACAUCCUACCUGCAUGUAUUCUAGUCUAAUCCAGGAAAUGGAGAUACCAAGCACAUGUUAUAGGGAGGCCUAAUACAUUGUUUGAGCAAGGGAUCAUUGAACUAAGUUUAAUUAGUAUAGAAAUACAUUUUUAGCAGUCAGACCCACACCAAAAUCUCUGACCCAAACCUCUCCUUUCGUCUUGUUAAGGAACGGAGUGUAAAUGGGACAGGUCUUGUCUUUUCACUAUCAUAGCAAUCAUACUAUCCCAUUUCUUGAAAGAUCUGUCCUCCUUAAACAUAAAGGAGUAUGGAUGAUGUGUAUGUCCUGUCUGAAAUUGCAAGUGUAUGUGGGUGGAGGAAACAAAAAUGAUUUUGAUGCUUCUGUUGUUAUGAAGUCCUUAUUUCAUACUUGGUAAAAUAGAUCUUAAUAAUAUAAGCCGAAUAUUUUUAAGUGGUGAUUUAAAUAUGUUUGUAACAUUUAAAUGUUUUUAAAUCAUGUAAAAAGUUGAAUUGAAGCCUAUGAAAUCCUGCUUGUGAUUGUCCUGCUGAUUGAGGAAUGCCCAGUGGUAUUGUGAAAUGAGGCAAAUCUGACAAGGCAUUUAUUUAUUUUUGUAUUAUGUUCCCCACACUUUGUUCAGGAGACAACUGUUUGAUUUGCAAAUGAUUUUCCUUGUGUCCAUAUACCUUCUUCAAUGUGUUCUGGAUGACUGGCUGAAAAAGAGUGGAGAACUAGUAUACCAAAUGGUUAAUUCUUUAAUCUGCUUGUGUAUUCAUGUCAUUUUAGAGGAUGUUAAUUUCUUAAAUUGGUUUCAGGACUUUGGUCUUGAAAUUAUUCUUGUGCCCAUCAAACUCUCCAAUGAAGCUGCAGCUAGUGCAGAUUAAUUUGCCCCACAUUAGAUUUCUCUUUCUUAGCAAGUGCUGGGUGGGAAGGAAGGAGAGGAGCCUGAAGUCAAGUUCUGCUUGCUCACAUCGGUAUAAAUUUCCGAGGAGCUCUUUGGUUUAAGGUCACUGUGUGUUUGUACUGGUGUAACUCAGAACAAAAUUCAGCUCCUAACCUAAGCAUUGAUUUAGUCAGGAAAUUUUAAAAAUUGUCAAAGCUACGCAGGUUCAUAAUUCCCAUUUGAAAUCAAUGGCCAUUAUGUACCUGUAUUCCUUUAAGGCAGCCUAGGAUAUCAACUCUCUUCCCCCACUUAGACUUCAGUUUUGUAUAUCCCUAGAUGUCUUUUCCCUGAAAAGUGACUACGUAACAUUUUUCAAUGAGCAAACUAAGUUUGCAAUAAAGCUGCACUAUUAAAAAUAAACUUCUGUUUGUAUACAUUUUAAAUAGGAAUCCCUCUGUCCGGUCUGAUACAGAGUUCUGAAAUGGGCCACCACUCUUGCCUUUUCCUGGUUCACCUCCCAUUUUUUCACGGCCAACAAUACAGCCUACCAAGCAGUUAGGGGGUUUUGAUCUUAGGUUUACAGGGCGAAUUCUGCAGGUGGGCUUCUACACCAACACAACUCAUUGAGUUCAGUGAAUCAGCGUCUUAAUGUUGGGUAUGAGAGACCCAAUUUGAGAGUUUGUGCAGCCAGAGAUGUUUCACACCUCUUCCUCUGGGAUGUACUGCAGGUCUAGUUAAGGUAGUCCUUACGGUUGCUAUUUAUGUGGUUCCCUAAUAGAGUCCAUGCUCUCUUGCAGAGGUUUUUGAAUAUCAUCUCCUCAUACAGCAAUUAGCACUCUAAUCACCCUUUCACCAAAGAGUCAGUGUAGCAAUUCAGUCCAUUCAUUUGAGAUGGUCAAUAUCUAUCUCGUCCUUUACCUGUUAACAAAUUGAAUAAAGAUAGUUUAACUUAAAAGUUAAUUUCCUUACAUAAGAUUUCAGUUUUAAAGAAUAGAGGGGGAAAAAAAGAGGCCUAGAAAAAAAUGCCAGUAAGAUUGGUUUUGGUUAAUAGCAGCUCCUCAAUUAAUCUUUGUACAAAAGUGUAAGUACUGACAGAAUGACACGUAAUGGUGUAUGGAGGCUGGUCAGAAGCAGCCUCAUGUUGGCCUGGUGUCUAAGACAUUGUUAGACAUGCUUUGAUGUUUCCUUUCACUUAGGAAGAUUUCAUGCCAGCUUUGAGGGGAGCUGUAUGUACUUUGAUACCUCAAGGCUGAUUUGUUCUUGGGCUUUGUAAUGGCUGUGAUGCAAGAAGAUGGAAAAGAUGCUUUGUGUUGUCCUCUCCUGCCUUCCAGUCCCUCCCAGGUUCUUGCUUAGUUCUCUUGUUGGUAGCAAGCUUCUCUGUAUCUUUGGGCAGAGAAGUUAGUGAAACAUUUGAGCUGAUAAUGCUGAGGGGUAGCACAGGUGUAGGUCUGCCUCUGGCCCUGUGGAGAAGACUGCAACAGCUAGAUGUCCCACUUCACCCAGCAGGCUAGCGAAUGAGGAAUCAUACCUCUCAUUUGCAGACAUUGAAAAAUGCCUUGAAGGUUACAGCCUGUUAGGUAAAAAUCAGAGAUGGUGUCACAAAUACAAAUGCAAGGAAAAAGAUACUAACAACCAUCCAUAACUGGAAGGAGAAGCCAAGGGAAGUUGCUGCUUUUUUGAAGAGGGAGGAGCUGUUAGUUCAGAAAUUUGGAAGCCCUGAUGUAAGCUGUUAGGUACAGUCUGAUGCAGCUGGCUCCAGGACACGGCACAGGCAAAGGGCCUGCAGCUGAACAUGCAGACUAGUAGCCAAAUUCAUUUUGGAGCUUCAUUUUGCUGUAACCACAUCUAAAUGCAGUCUAGAAUUGAAUUGGCUUGCCAGGGUCUCAAGAAGAAGUAAAAUAAAGCCUGUAAAGGUGUCUUCACUGAGAAGUUGGCCCUAGUGGUUAAAAACAUGUGGAGUUGGUCCGCAUCCAAAACUCCAGCUACUCCACCUGUUGCUGCAGCAGCAUGGCUGUUGCAUUUCACUGUAGGCCUCGGCAGCGCUGAUGAACACCAGCUCAUCAGCAGAAGAGCCAGGUCCUGGUGUCGACUUUUUGCAGACUCUGGAGGGCAGGGACAGUGGCAGGAGGAGUUUUCGGACAGCUUAACCUACAGUAAGGUGUUUGUGUGGGUGUCUGGGCAGCUUUCCUGAUGGGAUAUUUCUUUUUGCUUUUAUAUUUUUGCCAUUACAUGUGAAGGGCAGUCUCCUCCUAGUGUAGGUCUUUUGCAAGGCCCUAUGGUGAUGGAAAUACUAAAUGAAGGAAUAAGUUUGGGCUAAUGCACCGACCAUAUCUUUAGGUCUUUCUGAUCUGAUCAUACAGUUGUUCUGAUCUUUUGGGUGACAUUUAGUAGUGGGGUGUUGUGGGCUGCUUCUCUUAUCUCCCCUCUCCCCAGUCCUUUGUUUCCUUCCCCUCUGCAUUCUUCACCAUUCUUUUUUUUUAUUCUCCCAUUCUCAGAUACUUCUCCAAUAUAAGUAAUGCCAACCGGUAAGUCUUCUGUGGCUUGGUCUUGAGCGAAUGUGACUGUAAAACGAAAAGGAGGAGAGAUUCCAGCAAUUCAUAGCACGCGUUUUGGGUGCUAGAACGACCUGAAAUAUUUCUCAGAGCAGUGAGUAAGAUCUUUUUUUCAUAACACAGUGAGUGAUAUGUCAUGAAUUAGAUGCUGUGCUGCCACCUUGAUCCCAGGAGUGCACACGUUAGCCGUGAACGUGUAGGCAUUUUUAGCGAGCAUCUACCUUUUCACAGAUUCCUCUUGUUUUGUGAAGUGCAUCAGUAGAAAAUAAUGAAGAAAAAUUUUAGGUGAUUCUUUUUAAUAACCUGCAUGAAGAAGUCCAACUAGAAGUAAGGACAGUUGGUGGAGAAAAAAAUCUAUAUUUGUGUUUACUAUGCUUAAACCUGGACUUCAGGUGAGGUCAUGGUCAUCAGAGACCUUAGUUCUAUCAGCUGUAUUUUGUUUUUGUCUUUACAACUAGACAAUAAUGUUGUUGGAAAAGAAAAGUUUGGGGAAGAAAGAGGAAUUGCAGAAGAAGUGUCUUGGAACAAUUUUCUCACUUAUGUCUUCAGCCACUUUAAAAAAAAAAAAAAAAAAACAACACAAAAACAGUGACUUGGUUUUGGGAACUUUUUCCUUUGCUGUUCUGCUACUUGUCUCAUGCUUGUUUAGUUCUUUGCUUUUCCCUGUUUUAUUCUGCUUCCACAUACUUGUUCUCUGGCUACCUUGGAAUAAGGUGACAUAGUGGAAGCAUGAGAGAAGACAUUGGGUUUGGCUGUAGAUGGACAUCAGUAGUUGGAGAUGUCUUUCUUUUUCCAUCUCCUUAAAGUAAGUUUUCAGUCUUCCCUGGCUCACAGAAUUCAGUUUGGAAGUGAACAGGACGAAAUUCAGGCUUUUGACCUUAAAACUGUACAUAGACGAUGUAGAAAAAUGCAUUCUUCAUACUCCUUUCCCUUGCUAGGCCCCCAAACACACAGUGAGUUAUACAGAAUACAUGCGUAUGAACUUCAUGCGCAUGUUGAACUUGGUCCAGCAACGCUAUUGUUUUACCCAAUUUCUGUCUUUGUCAGCCGGUGCCCACUGAAGUGAACUCUGGAUAGGUGGUAUCCCCAGAUAUCCUCUGGAAAACUUUAACUUUGGUGCAGAUUGCUCUAAUGUAGCUGACUGCUAUGUCAUUUGCUUCUACUUUGGAGUGGACUGAUUUACCCUGAAAUGACUCUAACCUGCGUCUCAAAGCGUAGUUGGUUCCAGUGAAAACAGAUUCAUUCUGAAGUGACAGACAGUUCGGUUCUCAUGCAAAUACCUACAUCCUACCAGAAGGGGUUGAACCAGUUUCUCUGACAGUGAUUACCUUCACUGUACAAUUUUGGGUAUGUCUCAGGGAUUCCUUGUGGAAAUAAGGGCAGUUAACAAAAAAAAAAAUAAAUAAAUAGUUUUAAAAGUAAAUAAUAAUUUAAGGUAGAGCGUCAUCUAAGUGAGAGCACAAGAAAGAGAAAUCCUUGUUCAGUUUUCUAGUCCAGUGUCUGGCUUAGGGACUCUUUCUCUUCUCGGGGCUCUCAUCUCAAGUUCAACAUACAGAAUCUUUUCAUCACGCUCAGCUUUAAACUUUUUAUUUAAAGAUACCCUUCCCCAAUGAGCUUUCAGAAUACUUAUUGUAGAUUUUAAGAGAAAUGGUAUAUUAAUUUAUGCUAUUAACAUCACCUCAUAAAUUAUAAGUUUUAUACUAAAGCUGUAUUGAGUGUAAUGAAUUAUGUUGCAUAUGUGUUUUUAAUAGCUAUAAAAUUAUAUACAAGCUUUUUUGGAAAAACAAACUAGUGAAGCACCUUUUUACACUGGAUCUUUGCCGUGUCAAGGUGUACAGCUAUUCUUUGCUACCUUGCAGAUAUCUAUAUCUAUAUCUAUAUAUAGAUAUAUAUAUAUAAAUAAAAUAAAAUGGUAUCCUGUAUCAACAAAGCAUAGAACUCUUUUUAACCCUUAUAUUACUGUUCCUAUAAUUCUUUUUAAAUUUUAUUUGAGUGUUACAUUCUGCAAUAAUUUAUCUGUGGUUUGUACCUAUGAUUAGAAAUUUAGUUACAGGGUAAAUAGAUCAAAUUAAAAAAAUCCAACUACUGUAGCUGGAAGUUGUGAACCAAGUUUGUAAGACCUUUUUUUUUUUUUUUUGUAAAUGUAUUUAUUUCCAGUUAGCUCUGUGAGUUGGAAUUUGAAAAGUCAGAACAUUAGGAAUCUACAGUGUCUUAUUCAGGAAUUUUUCCCCCUCCUUUCCUCACAAAAGGAAUUCCCACUGUGACUUAUAAAUAGAAUUAGACUGCUUGUGUGCAUGUAUGUAUUAUAUAUACACACAAAAAAUAUGCAUUGGGGGGGAUGUAUGUGCGAUACGAAUGUGUAUAUUGUAUGUAGGUCAUAGUUUUGUAUAGAGAGAAGUAGUUGAGAGGUGAUGGAAUGUAUUGUAGAAAUGUGAUUAUUUAGUAGGGGGUUAUUAUGUCCUCACUGUUGUAUAAAUAACUCAAACUCUCUACUACAUAAUCUUCUGUUAUAAGGCUAACUCUGAUAUCAUGUCAAUUUUACUGUUUUUUAAAUGAGUUGCAUUGAGCCCUGUUUAAAAUGCCAUGAAAAUACCAAGUUCCCAAAGACAGCCUUUAAAUAAAAUAAAUGGGGGAGGAAAAGGGAUGGGAGAAUUGAGUGUUAUUUUUCAGAAGAAAUUCAAAUGGGAAGGUCUGUAUUUGGUGGGAUGGUGUGACAGAGGAAUUACUUUAUUUUUGCAAAUUAAUACCCGAAUUUCCCAUGGUCUGACGUAGAAAAUGUGGUCAAUCAGUUGUACUUGUGUUUUCAAAUUAGGUUGUAAGGGGUACUGUUUAUGGACUGAUCUCCAUUCUGUAAAAGUGUCUUGUUUUCAAAGUAGAUUCUUUUCUCUCCUGAAGGUCUUUGUAUGUAUUGAUUUUUGCCAAAAAAAAAAUUGCUGUUGUGGAUUGCAGAGCAAUAUAUACUUACAAUCCAGGGAAUUUCACUUGUGCUGUGAAAUUCUGAAUUUAAUUUUGGCCACUUAGCUUUUCUCAUAAUUGGAGAAGCAAAAUUUCUUUAUGGGAGUUCUCACUCAAAACUGUGAGGAAUCAGAAACACUCAUGCUUUUGCUUACUCUUCAUACUGUUCAUCAGUUACAAUAUUUAGGCUGGAGAAAAUAAAAACCUAAUUGUUAUUCAUUCAUACAGUAUCACUUAUAGUGAUGGUGAUCCUGGUGACUUUAAAAUCUGUUUAGAAAAACAGAGCUUCCAAUAUGGCACAGACUUUUUUUUUGAAGUUUUUUUUUGAAGUGCAUUUGCAAAUUGAAUGUCAAUGUUUUUGUACAUCCCCCUCCCUCCCAGUAUGUUGGUGCCCCCAGACACAGCUCUCCCCCCUACAAUUUCUUUCUUGCGCAUGUGCAUGUAUGAGUGAACAGGCAGGGAGGUGGAAGUUGUCAGAGGCCUUCUCAUCGUUUGGUGGUAAUAUGAGAGUCAGCAGCAUAAAUCUUUAUGCCUUUAUGGGGAAAAAUAGGCCCAUUUUUGUGUAUACCUGUACAGAGAGAGAUAUCUGUAUAUGAGAUGUUGGUAGCACUUUGCUGAAUGUGGACUUGCCCUCAUGAUGUACAAUAAAUACAUGUGAAUGCAAUCGAUCUAAGUCUAUAUAUACAAGCAUACAGAUAUGUAGAUGGAAUAUAUGUAGUAUCACACACACUAGUUGUAACAUGAAUAAGUGUGUGAGCUAGAGAGAGAGACUAUCUGUGUAGCCUAUGUGUAAGAGGUAAGCACUUGUGCCAAACAAGGUGGUUUUAAUUCUUCUGAAGGAUUUGGAUGACAUCAGUGAUGGGUCUGAUCUUGGUCACCAUUGGUUUUUUGUUACCUCAGCCCUCGAAGUCGAAUUUCCUUGAUACGCUUUUGCUUCUCUUUAUAUUAAUACGUGUUGAGGCCUCUCGCAAUGCUGACCUCUUCUGCUUCGCUGCUUCAUUGCCUCCAUUUCAGCUCCUCUUUGCCCCAGUAUCCCUAAAGCUUAUCUUGCUGGCAGUAAUUGGCUUUAAUGGCCCAAUCCAGCUCUUCUUAUGCGUUAGGGAAAUUCUCUUGGUGACUGUAGUGGCAGCUGAAUUGGGCCCUGAGCACUUGCUUGAUCUUAGGCAGAUUUUUCCAGACACUCAAUAGUGCUUGACCAUGGCUGUGAUUGAUUUGCAGAUGAACACGAGCUUUUCUUAGAAAACUGAUGCAAAGCUACCUAGCAUAUUAAAAGGUUAACCCAGCACCAUAAUUUAGAGGUGAAUACUCAAAACUAGAAAAACAAAUCAUCUGAAAAAGGUCUUAAAUUUUCAGCCCCAGGGAGAAAAGGGAGCUCAGUAUGUGUUUCCCGUAAGGAAAGCAGCAAUCAGAAGGCAGCCUUGUGCUGUGUUCCGAGCAGUGGUGGUGUCAUCAAACAUAUCAAGAGAAACACAGCUCGUUACAUUUUAUCAUUAAACAUUUUAAAAUGAGCUGCGGAGUUGACCAUUAGCAUGCUAGUACUUUGCAUCUCAUGUGUAUUGAAUGAUUUUGCUUAUGCAAGAAAAUUGUGUUAAGUAUUUUAUUUUCUGUUUUCUGGCUAAAUUGAGUUCCCAUAUCCUUUUAGCAGAAAGCAGCUGUCAGAAACCUGCUCAGUCACAUGUAAGCACUGUUGAAACUCAUAGCUAGCUUACGUUUCAGUUUCAAUGGAGAGCGCUGUUCCAGUUCUGUCAUCGAGCCCUUCCUGCAUUCCACACUUUCAGUCUGGGUAUGGCACUAUUUUCUUGGCCACAAUUCAGCCAUGGAAUUUUUGUCUUCCUUGCAUUUCCAUUAGAAAAAGGUAACUGAUGUACUGUUCCAUCUGAGCUUUCAUGCAAUCAUACAUGACAAUUUCUAUGAUACAUAUGUUUGGGCGUGUGUAUGGGUAUGUCUGUGUACUGUGUGUGUAUAAUACAUAUUUAUAUGCACACAUAUAUUACGCUAUUUCAGUUUAUGUAUGUGGAGAACAUACUCAUUGGUUCUCUCCUGAUAUAUACUCAUGCAUACGUAUAUUAAAUAUGUAUAUAGAGUGUAGAUGUCCUGCAUAUACAUGUGUAUAUGUUAUGAACCUUGGUUGGCAAUUUUUUUUAUUUUUAUUUUUUAUUUUUUUACUUUUUACAAGUUGCUGGCCCUUAUGAAAUAUUUUCACUGAGGCUGCAUUAUAUAGAAGAAAUGGAGAAAUGUGUUAUCAAAGUUUUAUUUUAAAAAGGAGACUUAAUUAUCUAAAGCCAUUUGUAAUUGUCUUUUGAAUUUUUACUAGGAGGGUUGUUAUUAAAAAAGAAGAAAAAAAAAAAGAAAAAGGAAAAGAACAAAAACAAGCAGACAAGCCCUUACUCCCACCAUCACUUAGAUGGUCAUAAGAAAGAAAUGGAAAAACAAAUUCCUAAGUAUUUAUUUCAUUCAGGGUUUUCUGAGGCAUACUAUAAUCACAUUCUGCCCCAUCCCCCUUUUGUUCAAAUAGAAUUAAUGAUUCAUGGUGUCUUUUACACAGCUUUCCCCAUUACUUUUCCCCAUUACUUCUUAAAUCAUUGUUCACCUACUAAAUUUAGUAGUACUGAUAGAACUAAGGAGAUCUUAUUUCUUCUGUCCUUUCCAGGAAAAAUACUAGUGCAUCACUAUUGUGUUACAUUUUAACAUACUUUGUGGAGGAUGGAUGUUUUUAUGAAGAUGUCUGUAACAAGUCUUUAACUUAUUUAAUGUGAGAAGCCUUCAUUGGAAUCUGUUGUUUGUUUCCAAAGAGUUUCUGCAACUGUUUUUUCACCAUCAUACUAGGUAGUUAUUCCCUUCUUAUUUGAUGCCUGAGGUUUUAGGGUUUGGGUUUUAUCAUUGUGUAUGUUUUUUUUUAAUUUGCUUUGCUUUGUUUUUAAAUUCCCCAAAAUAUUUAUCUGCAAGUGGAGAAAAACAGAUGUCAGAGUCCCAACCAAUAUCCUUUUUGCAAUUAACAAUAAAUAUCUUUGUCCUAGGUUUAAUGAAAGAGAAGGUGGCAAAUGGACAAUCUGAAGUGCUUUAGAGGGAAUGGUCACUCUUUUUAAGGCUGUCUCAGAGAAGUUUGUGUUUGGUGUCAUUUUAAAGGUAGCUUGAUCACACUUCGAUAUCAGAAACAGCCUUGUAACAAAGAGCCUCGUACAGUUGUUUGGCCACUAGAGUUAAAAGCAUAAAGUUGCAGUGGGAAAGCAAAGGUGAGGCAGUGUAAUUGAACCAGUGAAUUGUAGCUUGCAAACGUAACUGAUUUUGAAGUAACUGCAUGGUAGCAAGGAUUAGCAGUCUCUUACACCCCUUCUUUGUUCCCUUUCAUCCCUGACAUGUGUUCAGCAUACCGUACAUUGGGAAAAAUAAACAACUUGCUACAGCAAAGCUAAAUCCACCUAAUGACUGCUUAAAGGGAACAUACAAACUUGCAUGGCCGCAUCCCGUACCGCGGUGUUAGCUGGAAGACCAGCUAAUGGGCACAGAAAGCCCAGUUGUGUCUGCUUCUGUGGACGUGUGCCGCUUUUGGAGAGAGCAGAGCAUGGGGGUGUCUGAGGAGAGCGGUCACUCGGUGCAGUCCCAGCAGCGACAGCAGCUCCUGGCGCUGCUCCUGGUGCCAGAGCGCUCGCCAACAGCACUCCAGGGGCGGGCAGGAGAGCUCCUGUUUGUACUUUCCCUUUAAAUAGGAAAAGUUGGCUCACGUGUUCCUCAUACUUCUCAAUGAAUGUACUGUAUUACCAUAAAAAAAAAAAAAAAUCAAUGAAAUGAUAAUAGAUUGGUCUCCUUUUGUUAUCUGGUCCUUGUUUAAUUUGUUUAAGGGUUUUUGUAUACAAAAGUUUACAUUUUUAUGUAUAUUUUUCUUGUGUAAAAACUGAUGUAAUAUGUGUAUAAAACACUGUAUGUAUUAUCUGUAUAUAGUGUGACAAAAUGAUUUUCUUUCUUUCUUUUGGAUGUAUUAAUAAAACUUGCUGUGAA